CGGGUGUAAGAAGCUUAGGUUCCAAAUUUGUAUGCAUGCAUCAUGGAUGUACCCAAAUAACACUUGGGCUCUUGUUGGCCCUGCAUCUCCUAUGUAUGUACUUGGAUAUGUACAUGUGUAUAAUUGGCAUGAGUGCGUAGGGCUAGUCUGCUUCGUGACAGCCUGGGGGUUCGUGGCUUGUGCCAAUGUUUGACUGGCAUCCGUAUCAAGUGUGUACAUUACUACUCGAGUAUGCGCAUUGCAGUGCUUGGUCAAACUGCAGUGCGAGUCAUUGUUGCAGGUGGUGGACGCCAUCGCAUCACGCGCAGACUGGGCAUCUGUAGAGAGGGCGAGAAGGCAGAGCAGAGCGACUGGAAGAGGUAUGGAGAAGCCGAGUCUGUGACGCCCGACUACAAGGACGUCGACGCUGGCUCGACGGGCGGGAGAUGGGCCAAGGUCUUCGGCCCUUGGCUGCUCGGAAAUUGGCCUCUCCCUUAUCCACCCACACUCGCCUUUGAUCUUCAGGAACGCGAGGGCUGCGGGCCAACAGAGCCAGGGACACAAGUGGAGGCUCUGUUGUUGGCCAGGUGUGCGGCCAGGGCUGAGAAGGCGGCUAGGCGGCGGUUGCGGCAAUUGUCGUGGAGAGAUGAGCAUGAGGAGCAAAACGAAUGCUUGUGGAGAGCGAUGCAGGUGGAGGCAUGGGCCAGGCGAAGAAAAAGGAGACGGCGAGAUGACGCACUGACGGCGAUGGGGUGAUGGGGGGCGGCGGCAGCGGCAGCGGCAGCGUGUUGUGAAGACGGAGUAGUGUAGGGU